AUGGCGACGGAGCGCCUUGGGGUGGGGAAAACGCUUGUGGCCCUCAACGCUGCCCUUGGGCCAAGCGGUCCUGUGUGGCUCAAGGAGACGCGCGCCCGUCACCUGUGUGCUCGAGACUUCUUGGCGCCGCAAGGCGCCCUACGGGCGCGUUUCGAAGAUGGGCAGGUGCCCGAGCAUGUGUUCCGUGCCGUUGCCUGUCUGCAGGGAUCCGGUGUGGCCCCAGUGCUGCGCUGCGUGCGGACCCGCGCCGGUCUGUCGCUGCAACUGAACCGACCAGCCGUAUUCGAGCGCGUCCUUGGAGCGGUGUCUGCUUAUACUGCACCCACCACUCCUGCUUCCUUGGGUCCGCGCGUCUUAUUGCACUGCCCAGCGCUGCGCGGCUCCCCUUGCGCACUCGGCCUGAGUCAGCUGCGUACUGUGCUCGUCGCCGAUCACCUAGCGCGAGCUCUGCGCGCUCACGGGAUGUGCGUGCGCCUAGUGCCUGCUGUGCGGGAUCUACACAUGCUGACCUUCCUGCAGCAAAUGCGAGUGGACUGGCCCCCUGCCUCAGAGAAAACCUCAAUCGAAACCCUCAGGAGCCGCGCCCUUGCAGAGCUUACUUCUGCUCUUGACAGGGAGACUCUGCCCUCUGGCGUCCUGGGCACACUGUGCCUGAAGGACCUGGUGGAAAAACAGGGCCGGGCAGCUGGCUAUAAUCCCAACUUGGACAGUUGUCUGGUGACUGAGGAUCUGCUCUCUGUACUGGCCGAGUUGCAGGAGGCUCUGCGGCAUUGGCCAGAGUACGGCUACCCGGGCCUGGCUGGGAGUGACAGAUGCACAGUUGUACACGUGGUGAGCUGUGAGGAGGAGUUCCAGCAACAGAAGUUGGACCUGCUUUGGUGGAAGUUGGAUGAUCAGGCUCCACUCACACAGAAGCACCUGGUCUGUGGCCCAGUGAAAGUAGCUGGUGCACCUGGCACCCUGAUGACUGCCCCUGAGUACUACGCAUUCCAUCAUGCCCAGGUAUGCAAGGCCUCAGCUCUGAAACACAGUGGAGAUCUGACACAAGACCCAGCCUGGGUAGAGAUUUUUGAGAUUCUCUCUAUGGCCACAAUCAAGUUUGAGAUGCUAAGCACAGCCCCACAGAGUCAGCUCCUCCUGGCCCUUCCUGACAGCAGCAUCUCCACAAAGGGCACAAAGAGUGGCACCUUUGUCAUGUAUAAUUGUGCCCGUCUUGCCACACUUUUUGAGAGUUACAAGCACAGUAUGGAACAAGGUCUGUACCCCACUUUUCCACCUGUGAACAGUCUGGACUUCUCACUGCUACGUGAUGAGUAUCCUCCCCUUCCCGGAUCUACUGAGCCACACAGCAGUCCUGGACUGCACAGCCCCAGGGCUUCGCAUCACUGUACGCACAGAGAUGGUGAGGCACAGAAAACUGGAACGGGCACUGCACACUCUAUUCUUUAUUCUGGGUUGGGGUACAAGAAGAGACAGGCCAGUGACUCAGUCUCUGUUUCUAGAUGUGCAAGUUCCUGGUACAGCUCAGCAUGGACUUCAGCUCAUACUAUAACCGGGUACACAUACUAGGGGAGCCUCGACCACACCUCUUUGGUCAGAUGUUUGCCCGCCUGCAGCUUCUGAGAGCUGUGCGUGAGGUGUUCCACACUGGCCUGGCUAUGCUGGGUCUCCCUCCACUGAGCCACAUCUAAGGCCCCAAUAUCUAGGAAUAUUCACAAAGUCAUCAACUGGAAAAAAUGCAAAACUCCAUGUGUUUUUAGGAGCUCGGAGCCAGAAUAAAUGUUUUAUAGUUUUA